AUGAACUACCAGAAGGUUUACGGUAUCACUGGUCCAGUUUCCACAGCAGCUCCUACUGCAGCUGAAAAUAAAUUAAAUGAUGAAUUGAUUCAAGAGUUGAAGAAAGAAGGAUCCUUCGAGUCUGAACAAGAAACAAAUAAUAGAGUGAAGGUUUUAGAAAUCUUACAGAAAUUGACACAAGAUUUCGUGUAUAAAGUGUACAAAAAUAAGAAUAUGUCAGAUGGCAUGGCAAAGGACGCCGGUGGGAAAGUUUUCACGUUUGGUUCUUAUAGAUUAGGUGUUCAUGGACCAGGUAGUGAUAUUGAUACUUUAGUUGUUGUUCCAAAGUAUGUUACAAGAGAAGAUUUCUUUACUGUCUUCGACCAGUCAUUAAGAGAAAGAAAAGAAUUAGAUGAGAUUGCUCCUGUUCCGGAUGCUUAUGUUCCAAUUAUUAAAAUUAAAUUUAGUGGUAUAUCAAUUGAUUUAAUUUGUGCAAAAUUAGAUAUUGCUCAAGUACCAAUCAAUUUACAAUUAAAUGAUAAAAAUUUACUUAGAAAUUUGGAUGAAAAAGAUUUAAGAGCAUUGAAUGGUACAAGAGUUACAGAUGAAAUUUUGGAAUUAGUACCAAAACCAAUCAUAUUUCGAAUUGCAUUAAGGGCUAUCAAAUUAUGGGCACAGAGAAGAGCAGUAUAUGGUAAUGUCUUUGGCUUCCCAGGUGGUGUCGCAUGGGCCAUGUUAGUGGCAAGAAUUUGCCAACUGUAUCCAAACGCUUGUAGUGCAGUCAUCUUGAAUAGAUUUUUCAAAAUUUUAUCAGAAUGGAAAUGGCCACAACCUGUGGUUUUGAAACCAAUUGAAGAUGGUCCAUUACAAGUACGUGUUUGGAAUCCAAAAAUUUACGCGCAGGACAGGUCUCAUAGAAUGCCAGUCAUCACACCAGCUUAUCCAUCGAUGUGUGCUACUCAUAACAUAACGGAAUCAACAAAAAAAGUUAUUUUAAAAGAAUUCGAAAGAGGCAUGAAAAUUACGAAUGAUAUUUUUUCAAAUAAAUUAACAUGGAAUGAUUUAUUCAAAAAACAUACAUUCUUUUAUGAUUACAAAUUUUAUUUAACUAUAACAACAGCAACUAAAGGUACAGAUGAAGAUCAUUUAAAAUGGAGUGGUUUAGUAGAAAGUAAAGUAAGAUUGUUGAUUUUGAAAUUAGAGGCAUUACCAGGUAUUACCUUAACACAUCCUUAUGUGAAACCAUUUGAGACUUCUUAUGCAUAUUCAAAUGAUGAGGAUGCUAAAAUGAUUAUAAAUAAUUAUGGAACCCAUAAAACAGAAGAAAAUCUAAAUAACUUUACAAAAAUAACUGACGAAAACAAGUCAGCAGAAAACAUAAAGGAAUCAAAACAGUUACAUAUGAUGACAAUGUAUAUAGGUGUUGCAGUUAACGUCGAAAAUAAAAAGGAAAAAAUUGACAUACAUGUUCCUUGUAAUGAAUUUUUGAAUUUAUGUAGAAAUAUUAACGAUGACUAUCAAGAUGCAGACAAAUUUGCAUUAUCGAUCAGAUAUGUUAAGUUACAUGACCUACCAAAUGAAGUAUAUGGUGAAGAUGAUGUAAGACCAAGCAAAAAGAAGCAUAAGAGAAGAAAGGGAGAUGCCGAAACUGAUCCAAACAAAAAGCCAAAGUCAAGCACUGAAGAGUAA